GGAGACAUUCAUCGAGUUUACUUCAACCAUAGACUUCAACAAUCAAACUGGUCCGUCGUUAAAUGAUUUCCCCACUAGUCUCACCCUCCAUCCUACCAUUUUAGAUGUUCCGAUAACAUUGUUGGCUUUAGGAAUUACUAGCGCUACUAGUAGUACUAGCUUAGUAGACUUGCACAUACAAGUAAACUAUCUCGCUAGCAAACUACAAGAAUGCAGUCGGGUAAGAAUUUCAGGAGGAGAAGAGAAAGUUCUUCAGAAGAGGAGGAAGACGAGAUAACUGCUGAAGUUAGAUCUAAAUUGGACGAAGCCAAAGAGCUACAAAGUUUACGGAAAAGACAGACCGGAGUCAGCGUGGCCGCUUUGUUGGUGGGAGAGAAGCUACCACUGGAAGCUGCGAUUGACGAUGACCCUUUCAAACUGAAGACGGGAGGUGUUGUUGACAUGAAGAAAGUCAAAGACAGGAACAGAGACAUGACAGAGGACGAGACCGACCUGAAUUUGGGUACCUCUUUUUCUGCAGAAACGAACAGAAGAGAUGAAGAUGCGGACAUGAUGAAAUACAUUGAGACAGAACUGAAGAAGAAGAAAGGACUGGUGGAGGCAGAGGAACAGAAGGUGAAGGUGAAAAACGCUGAAGACCUUUUGUAUGAGCUGCCGGAGAACAUCCGGGUCAACUCUGCCAAGAAGACAGAGGAGAUGUUGUCCAAUCAGAUGCUUAGUGGAAUUCCUGAGGUGGAUCUGGGAAUUGAUGCAAAGAUAAAGAACAUCAUUUACACAGAAGAAGCUAAGGCCAAACUACUGGCAGAACAGAGGAACAAGAAGAAGGACAAUGGCACAUCAUUUGUACCGACCAACAUCGCGGUCAACUACGUACAGCACAACCGCUUCUACCAUGAGGACGUGAAUGCCCCCCAGAGACACCACAGACACAGAGAAGAGCCCAAAGCCAGGCCGUUGAGGGUAGGAGACACAGAGAAACCUGGUCCAGAAGCUGCAUCUCCGGUCAACUAUCGCAAACGACCCAACAAUGAGAAGGCCACUGAUGACUACCAUUAUGAGAAGUUCAAGAAGAUGAAUCGUCGAUACUGAGGACACAUUUGAGCAUCUUCUAUAGUAACUUAUUUUCCACCGUUUUCCAAAAUGUUUUCUCCCAAAAGUUUUGCCUAAGAUGUGAUUAUGUAUAUCAGUCUUCAAUAUUUAAAGAUAGGGUAUGAUGUAUCACAUUUUAUUCCUUAAUGUCUACAAUAAAAAUCCCCAGGUUUGUUGUCA